AUGCUCGAGGCUCGUUGUCGGGUUUUGCCCUUUUCUUUUUUUUAUCCCUCACCCGAAGGAGGGAGAGGAGAGAACACACAACCCCCACCACCCAAGGCGGGCGGCCAACUUGUCACAGCGCCUUGUGCGCAACAAGAAGAAGAGGGGUGGGAAGGCUCCCGGGGGUGUUUCACUUAUAAAAUGAGUGGGGUUGGGCAUAGUGGAAAACUCUUUGCUUUCCCUACUUCAACGCUGGGGAAGAUGGGUUUGAAAGGUAUUCCGCAAAGAUGCCCCUUCCCCGUUCCCCUCGUGACAUGGUGUGGCCAUGCAAACGAGUUAAAAAAGGUGCUGUUGGAUGGCCAACGCCAUGAACAAAAAGAACAAAGGGAAGGAUUCACCACACCCUCAUGA